UCGUGUUUCACCGGCCCUCGGGGGCGGAGCGUCGGAGGCUCCAGACCGACCAGAGGAGCCGCUGCUCGGAGGAACUCGAGUCUUGUCGUGUGUUGAUGCUCCUCCGUCUCCUCCGUCUCCUCCGCCGCUCGACAUGACGACUCUUCUCCGCAUUCUUGCUGUGCUCUUCCUGCCUGGAGCGUGGGCUCAGAGCGGCGGCAGCAGCAGUCUCGGCGUGGUGGUGGAGACCAAGAACUUCACCGUCCCUGCCGGGUCGGAGGUGGUGCUGCCCUGCCACAGCCCCCGCAUGGUGUGGACCCAGGACCGGCUGAAGGACCGUCAGCGGGUGGUGCACUGGGACCUGGUCCGCAGCAGCCCGGAGUAUUCUGUGGAGAGGAUCCUGGACAUGUCCCCCGGAGCUCGCCAGAGGGUCUACAACGGGUUCAACAAGGGGCGCGUUUCCGUCCCGGUCUCCGCUUUCAACGACGGCAACUUCUCCCUCGUCAUCAACAAUGUGGUGACGACGGACAGAGGCGUCUACACUUGUAAUCUGCACCAUCACUACUGCCAGAUUCACCAGUCCAUUCAAAUCCAGCUCAACGUCACAAAGUCAGUCCGCAAAGAGAAGCGCUACUGGGACGGGGAGAAGACUGUGUUCGUGGUGUUGCUGGGCAGCUCGGUGGUGUUGCCCUGUGUGAACCGGCGCCCCCUGUGGAGGGAGGGUCUCCAGGAGGACCAGCAGCAGGUGGCUCACUGGGACUUCCAGGCCCCCGGGGUGCGUCCCGACCGGGCCGACCGCCUGGUCGACCUCUACGCCUCCGGAGAGCGUCGGGAUUACGGACCUCUCUUCGCGCAGAAGAAGAUGAGCGUGACCGAAGACGCCUUCACGCUGGGCGACUUCUCUCUGUCCAUCUCUGCCCUGAAGCCCGUGGACCGGGGCCUGUACUCCUGCCACCUGCACCACCACUACUGUGGCCUGAGCGAGAGACGCAUCUUCAGGCUCACCGUGGGACCUCGGCCCCCGCCCUCCGCCGCCGCCACCACCACCACCGCCACCGCCACCGCCACCACGGCUCCCAGGGUUUUCCAGAAGAACGAGCCAGAACCAAGGACCGACGAGGUGGAGGGUCCCCGCGUGGUCAACGUCAUCCUCCCCGAGCAUCGCGGUUAUUUCGUGCAGCACCUGGGAUACUUCCUGGCAACGUUCCUGCUGCUGGCGUUCGUCGUCGUCGCCGUCGUCCUGCUGACACGAAGACGCAAAAAGAGAGGUCUGGAAUAUGAGCUGCGUCGAUCUGACCGCGGACACGGGAUCAUCGGAGGCGACAUGACGUUAGACUGCACAGAGCUGAGGACCUGCAACCUCCAACCUCUGAACUCAGACUACAAAAACAACCUGCUGAGAGAGAGUAGUCUGACCAAAGACUGCAACAAGGACUGUGAGGGGAAGCUGUGGUGCGACUGAGCGCGAGAUGUUUGAGAUGAGAAGCUGCUGGCAGGACCAGGGCGACACGCGAGGAAGAGGAGGAAGAGGAGGAAGAGGAGGAGGAAGCCCAGGAGAGGACCGGAGGAAAGCUCCCUCUGCUGUCACUCAAAGGCAACGUCAUUUUUCAUGUGUAUUUUUUUAUGUAACUUGCGUUUUCACCAGCUGUCGUACUAAUAAGGUUCAACGUUGAUUUGAUCCUUAUACUUUUUGCAUUCAUUCUUUCAUUGGUUGGUUUGUGUUUUUUUGUUAGAAUGCAUGCUCUUUAUUAAAGUAUGUUUUACGUGUACAAGCUCACAGCUCGUCUUAAUUGCUGAAAUUUGAUAAUAAUCCUCUUCCACACCGAUUCUACUGUAAUUUAAUCUGUAAAAGUUAUGUCACCCAGUUUCAAAGGUUCAUUUUUACUGUAUCAACACGUUUCAACCACAGAUUUUAAGAUUUUUUCACGGUACUUUUAUUUACUGUGGCGACUAAGUGACUAUACAUUUCAACUUUUCUCUCGAUUUUUAUGUAUUUUACAAAUACAGAACGGGAGACCCUGAAAUUCAUCCCUCAAAUAUGUUUCCCCCCAUAUUGAUACAGUCUCUCUGAACACAUUGAUAACUGAUCAGGUCUAAACUCAAAACUCAGGAAAGAAAAAUAAUGUUUUAAGCAUUGAUUUGUUUUGUUUUGUCGGUCAAGCAUGUUCCAUGUGUCCUGGUUCAUAAACACUGAAGUUUGAAUAUUAAAACUGCUGGUUAAUGAUACACGUCGUUACUCUCUCAGUAAAUCAUCCGAACCCCCUUUAAAAAAGAAAGAAAUCCCCUGUGUCUCUUGCUCACUUGCACAAACUCUAUUGUUGGACUCUUCUAAUAAAAUACUUGUAUUAAAUAUU